AUGGAGGGAGUACCAUAUUAUGAAAAGAAAAAUGGUAUGGCUUCUAGAAAAAUGGUUAGUAUGCCAAGAAGAGAGAGGCGGUCGGGUGUUGUUCACAUCGCAAAUGACAAAGAGCGUGACGUCACUUUCUACAAGAGACGUUUUGGCUUAUUUAAAGGUGCCGCUGACCUCUCUGCCCUCACUGGCGCUAGGGUUUCUGUCGUACUAGAGACGGACAAUGGAAAGAUUCACUCGUUUGGUACACCAUCAGCGAAGCCCCUUGUUGAUGCUUACUUAUCAGGAACAGCUCCAUACAUCGACAAGGUGAAAGAAGCGAAGAUUGCACAAGUGCAAAGUGAAGUGGCUCGGUUGGACAUGGAGAACACAACCAAGGAUAAAACAAAGCAAAUCUACAUCGAGCGUAUGAAGAAGAAGCAAGAUGAGAACCCAGGUAUUGCAGCAAACCUUAUCUUCUUGAAGGAUGAAGAUCUUGAUCUGGAAGAUCUCCAUACACUCUUCAAUGACCUCUCGCGGGUCCAGGAGGACUACCAAAAUCAGUUGACUCCAUUGCAUCAUGGCCAUCAGGCCCAAAUUAGCCGCCAAAGCAUGACAAGGAACAUGCUACCACCAGCUGGACUAUCAUAUGAUCACAUGCAGGCUACUUGUUUGUCAAAACAGUCGCCGUGGUCUCAUCAUCCUUCGCAACAACAGUUGCUUUCAGUUCCACUAUCAUCACCACCAGAACAAACAUUGUCUCCACUUCAUACGGUGAAGGUACCAAAAAUUCUCCAUACUGCACCAUCAGCUUCGCCACAACAAUUGACUUCCCUGCUACAACCGGUUCCUCAUCUGAUACACAAGCUACCUCCACGGCAAGAUCGACACCUUCCGUGCCACCCAAGUCCUUGCAACACGGUGCAACCACAACAGAACUACGUGAGUCAUAACAUGACCUUCAAGCAUAAUCUGGAGGACUCUGCAUUAUCGGUCAACUCCGGUGUCAAUAAUUUUGCAAUUGAUGGCCUUUUUGGUUGUGACCCAUGGGGCUAUCCUCUCUCAAAUAAUGUAUACCACAAUGGAUUCCAAGGGGUGGAGGCUUGCAUGGGCUAUAAUGGUACCAAUGUAGGCCACUCUUCCAUGGAAACUAAUGGAUGGUUCAAUGCACCGCCAGAGGAUUCUCGUAGUAGGCAAGAUGAGGAUAUCCAUGCAUUGUACGGAGGGCAUCACUAG